UCAACAUAACCCAACAUUUUAUUUAUUUUGGAGGGAUUUUUGUUAUAAAUUUCUUUAAUUGGAAUUCAAUGGAUACAGUCGAAAAUGCCGAAGACGUCCAAAGCGAUGAAAGCGAAUACGAAGAAAUUGCCCAUACCGCAGCAGAAGUGCUUGAGCUUAUGGAGGAAGCCUGGUUAAACGAAAAAUUUGCACCCGAAAUAUUACCGCACAAGUACGAUAUCGUGGAGUGCCUUCUUGGUCAAAUAAGCCACGUGGAAGAAAACUUGACCAACGUAGGCAAUGAUGAUCUACGAAGAAGUCUACAUCAAAUGGAAUUAGACCGAUUGCGGUAUUUAGUUUCGAGUUAUUUACGAAUGCGACUGGAAAAAAUCGAAACCUACGUGUAUUUCAUAUUAAAACAAGAAGAGGAAAGAAGCCAAAAAGGGGAAGAAAACUACCUCAAUAAGAACGAAUUAGAAUUUGCCAAAGCAUACAUGCAAAGUUUAGAUCAGCAUUUCACAGACCGAUUGCAUUUUUGGCCUGGAAAUAUUCCCACAGAGUGGAAGAAUCAACUAAUCAUCCCUAAUAUACAUAGUUUCGUGUUUAUGAAAGCGAAAAAUGAGAUUGAAGGUGUAAUGGUUAGUCAUGUAAAUGAAGAAGAGGAAGUUGUAGAUUUAAGAACAGGAUCACAAAUAUUAAUUUCUUAUAGUAAUGUAGGGCAUUUUAUUAAAACUAAUCAAUCUUGUUUAAUUUAAAAAUAUUUUAAUUGUAACUUUGGUUUCA